GAAACUAGUCGUAGGAGUCAGAAAGAGCUGUGAAAAUGCACCACGUUGUGAGAUACAGUCUACUAUUGAUUAACUUCUGUUUUAGGAGCCCUUCAAGUGCAACAAUGCUGAAAGAUACUGUUACAGUUUUAAAGGAAGCUGCCGGGAAGGAGAUCACCAUACCGUGUGCUACAGAUGAGAGCCCUCAGAAUGGGGUGUACAUGUACAAACAAGACGAAACAGAAAAGAAGCUACUCUUCUACUUCUACAAAGGGGGCAACUUUACUCUAAAAAAUCUUGCCAUGGGCAAAGUGAUUUUAAAUGGAACAUUACCCAACCUUAAUGCUACCUUCCUCAACCUGACUGGCAGUGACAUUGGUUUGUACUGGUGUGAAUUCAAUUUUGAAGACAAAAUCAAGCAUAGCUGUGCAACUUGGUUAUAUGUGACAGAAACCACAGUAGAAAAAGAGUGCCCAGAAAAUCCUGAGAAUUACUAUAUGAUGAUAUUGCUCAUUGGGUGUGUCAUCAUAUUCCUGCUGUGUCUCAUCACUUUCUUCUGUGUGAUUUUGAAGGUAAAGAGGUCAUUUGAGUACAAGAAAUAUACACCAUCAAUUCAGCCUUCAGACCCAGAGUAUGUGGAGAUGAAAAGGAGCAAUCUGGAUUCCCAGGCCACUCCAAAGACUUUCAUCAACCCUGAGUACCAAUCUGCCAGUAAACUCAGAAAUAAGUGAUUGAUCAGGUGUUAAGUUGCAUUGCUCUCCAUUAUAAUUUGCAAAGCUUUUUUAAAAUAGAAUGAUUGAUUGCUUCAUGUUUUCGUUUAUUAACAUGUUUUCAUGUGUAAUUUUCUCCUUUGCCUUUUCUGUGAAUGUGAGUGAACAUCAUUCUUUGUCCCUAACAUCAUCCACAUAGAUUUUAAAUUCUUCAAGUGUGAAAAAUGUUAAUGACUUCAGCAGUUGAAGAGAUAUUAUUAGUUGUUGAACAAUGUAUAUGUCAAAGCAGAAACCUCUCUUGUGGUUCACAGUCUUGUUACUUCCUCUUUCACUUUACCAUCUAUGUGAUCUUGUUUGUGUGUUUGCACAUGCAUUCACCAGAUCGUGAAAUUAUGUAAUCAAAUGGUAUACAAUACAAGCUGAUAAAAAAUAGUUCAAGAGGUUAAAAUAAAUGAGGCAUGUUUCUGCUCCGAUGUUUGCAUACUUGUCAAUCUCUGCAGAUGAUAAACCUUGAAACUGAACAUUAUGCCAAUUUGUCACGAACCCCUUUCCUCUGCCCCAUCUCCGCUUCCUCGAGCACGCACCCAUACACUCCGCGAGCGUGCUCGCUUCCCGCUCCCUCGCUCCGCCCCCUUGAGCGCGUACGCUCUUUUUCCUUAUGCUAUUGCGAGCUCUGCUCGUAAGCUAUCUCCCCCCUCUGGCGCACUCGCUUCCCCCAGAACAUUAUGACCACCUACACUCACGCGCAUCCUAUCCCCACACAUUAGAUUCACCUGCACUCGUCUCGUCACCUUCAUUGUUCACACCUGCACCUUCCCCUAUAAAUACCCAGCACUUCCGUUUCACGGGUGUUGGUUAUUGUAUGUAUUUAGAUUCCCGUGUUUAUGCCCCCGCUAGUCUCGUCUAGUUUUGCCCCUGCUAGUCUCGUCUAGUUUUGACCUCCCCACUGUUUGAUUACCUGUUUAGCUUGCCAACUCUCUCGUUCCCCUGUCUUUGUUCCCGCUAGUCUCGUCUUGUCCUUCGCCCUAGUUGUUAACUGUUUUCCCCGCUUAUCGUUCACCUCCCUCAUUAGAUCUGCCCCCUGUUUAUAUCGUUGUUUCCCCGGCUUCCGACCUUACGCUCCCCCUCGACUACUCUCACUGGAUUUCCCUUGUUUUGUACUUUUGCCCGCACUGCUUUUAAUAAACAUUAAAAGCAGUUUCAUCCAACAUUGUGACUGUCUCAUCUUGUGUGUGUGUGACCGGGUUACAGAAUAACCAACCUCACCGUAGACAGUCACAAUGUACGCCACGGAUUCGCGCAGCUCUCUAGAGCGGAUUUUUGUGGCGUGUUCUGAGCGCGGAUUUGCGGCUGGGAGAGAUUACCACGCACUCACGGCCCAGGGACAGCAGGUAAGCACUUUGUUUGACUUUUGUCACCCUGUUCUACCUGUGUCUGUCCCUGAGCCCG